CCCAACCAACGCCCCCUCCAGUCGCGCCGCGGAUGGGACGCCGAAGGACCAAGCGGGCAUGCGCGACCAUCCCGAGCAUGCUCAGUAGCGCGCGCGGUGCGCCCGAGCUUGAACAAGCUGCCGCUGACGCGGAGGUCUCCGCGGCUGCCGCGGGAGCGACAGGAAGUGAAGCGGCCCGUCCCUGUGACCGCGGAGGCAGAAACCGAGGCGGAAGGGACCCUGCGGCGACGUCGUCGUCGUCGGCGGGGGUGCCGGAGGGGGCUGAGCAUCUAGGGGACUCGCCGGCUGCGAAGCCGGAUCCCGAACCGGGCAGGAUGGAUUAUCACCAGCCGGGGACCGGCCGCUACCAGGUGCUUCACAAUGAAGAGGAUAAUUCAGAGUCACCUGCUGUGGAGCAGCCGUCGGCCUCGGCCCCGACGCCACAGACCGUGCGGACCGUCCCUGCGGCUCCGGUGCCCGAAACAGACUCCUCUCCGCCGCCCUACAGUAGCAUCACCGUGGAAGUCCCGACGACUUCAGAUACAGAAGUUUACAGUGAAUUUUAUCCUGUGCCACCUCCCUACAGUGUUGCUACCUCUCUUCCUACAUAUGAUGAAGCUGAGAAAGCAAAAGCUGCUGCAAUGGCAGCUGCAGCAGCAGAAACAUCUCAAAGAAUUCAGGAGGAAGAGUGUCCACCAAGAGAUGACUUCAGUGAUGCAGACCAGCUCAGAGUGGGUAAUGAUGGGAUCUUCAUGCUGGCAUUUUUCAUGGCAUUUAUUUUCAACUGGCUCGGAUUUUGUUUAUCCUUCUGCAUCACCAAUACCAUAGCUGGAAGGUAUGGUGCCAUCUGUGGCUUUGGCCUUUCAUUGAUCAAAUGGAUCCUUAUCGUCAGGUUUUCUGAUUAUUUCACUGGCUAUUUCAAUGGACAGUAUUGGCUUUGGUGGAUAUUUCUUGUACUUGGCCUGCUCCUUUUCUUCAGAGGAUUUGUUAAUUACCUAAAAGUCAGGAACAUGUCUGAAAGUAUGGCAGCUGCUCAUAGAACAAGGUAUUUCUUCUUAUUGUAGAGACUACAUCAACCAGACAUUCCUUUCUUACACCAAUGUGAAAUUUCCAGAUCAUCUUGUAAACCUACAACUUUAAUAGGAUAGAAGACUACUAAUAACAGAAGACAAAUUAGUUAAGAAAAGAUAGAGCUUCAAAAUUGAAUGGCAGAGUGGUUUAUGCCUAAAAGCCAUUUCUGUUCAUUCUCUUAAAUAUUUAUAUUUCAUUUGUUCCUGCAUUUGCAUAUGUGUCCCUCUAAAAGGCUUGCAUAUACUUGAAAGACACCGUGAAGUUGCAGCAGUGAAAUCCACUCACAUUUGGUUGAUCAGUGUUCAAUAUAAAUGGAAGAGUUGAGUGAUAAACAGUGUUCUAGCCUGUCAAUGCCAUGACUUCUGACCUGACCUUUAGUGUAAUAAAAUUGAGGUUAUUAACCAUGUCAAACGCUGUAGUUCCUGCCUCUUGAGAUUCAUCUGGUAACUGCACAUGAAACAUCCUGUGUUGGAAAGUUUUUCGGAAACUGCAGUGCUGAUUGCUAGAAAAGCUUUGUCUGAUGUUUGGACAUGAUUUUACAUCGUCAUUUAGCAAAGCUCUUUCUGUAAAUAACCAUGAAUAAAUUACUUUCUGCAUUGUUUUCCUAGAAAUCGUGUCUAGAUAUCUUCUCAUUAAUUUUAAAAUAAGUAACUUAAUAUAUACAGAACAUUUGGGUGUUAAAGAUAGUUUGUUUUAGGACAGAUUUUAAGAAAAUGUGGGUAUUUCACAUAUCCUUUAUAAGAAAAACAUUUUUAAGGGACAUGCCGGCGUCGGGGAUCUUCACACGAGAAGCAUGGUUUCUAGCCUUGCCUGUCUCAGAGAUUCUGACUGGAAGCGACUGUAUUAGAUGUUGUAUUUAUUUCAUUUAUGACAGUUUUGAAAAUUAAUUUUUUGAAUAAGAUAUUCUCAUUUGCAUUUGUCUUUUAAAAAGCCAAUAAAAGUAUCUUUUCAGUA